AUGAUCACGGCCAUAUUCGCGGUGGCCGCGACUGUGGCGGCUACCUCUGUCGCUGCCAGCAGUUUGUUGUCGACACCGACAUCUUUCCCACUAACCACGGGCCCCGACGUUCAGGAACUCGCUGCAUGGACCGCGAAUCCGAUUAGGACCGUCGUGACGGUCAACUCCAAUCCAAUCGAUGUGCUGGCAGCGGCAGAGGAAGAUGUCCCAAAGGUCCUGGAGAAGCUUCGAGAGCUGUGUGCUGGGCCCUAUGCACACAAGUAUCCUGAGAUUUGCGAGUACCUCGGUGGUGAAGAGCUGUGGUGGCCAACCGCAGUGCCAUCUACCAGCCCGAGCAUACUGAGUUACAUAUCAACACCCCAAAGCUCCUCCAUUGCAGCGAAGCCAACCUUGUCGGUGCCAACGACCACGUCCUCGCUGCCAAUACCCACCUCUUCACCGCCAAUCCCAACCUCCUCACUUGCAUUGCCAACCAGCAGCCUCGAUUCAUCAACUGCAACGGCUAGUUCCAGCACCUCGCCUGCAGAUUCAGAACUCUCAGUCGUGGCGGCGACGAGGUUAAUCGCACCUGUGGUACCAACUUCGGUCUCGGUUGCUGCUUUCACCAUCACAUCAUCGCCCUCUACACUAGAGCUUACUGUCACUCGGUCCAUUUACAGAUUCCACCUCACAGCACCUCCUGCAGAGAUGGUGGAAUGCCCUUACUCCUCCUCAGCUGAGGGCGAGAACGGUGAGACCAAAGCGCUCUGCUCGGUCACCACUAUCCACCACCACCUCCCCAUAUCUACGCUCAUCACCGUUACAGGACCUGUCCUGUCCUUUCCCCGCAACGGCGCGCCGGUGACCACGAUGGAGGAGCCCACCCGAACGACAACCCUGUUGCGAACAAGGAUCAGAUUCACCAGAAUCAAGACCAUUGACACUGAGCUACUGAACGAUGACGAGGACGAUGCACCACUACCACCGGCAUCGGUUCAGUUUGUUUCAUCUUGUUCACCUACCCUAGAAGUCGAUACCGCUCCAACAACACCAACAGCCGGAUUUGAACCCGAGCUGCCCACCGCUGUUCUCCCAUCGGCAACGAACCGCCCAGGAUGGACCGGCUACAGGCCGUUUCCAUCCAUAUCGUGGUUCCGCUCUGCGGAUCCGCCGGGGGGCUGCACGCAAACAGAGACGAUCUUUAGCAAGAUGACAGGCUUUCAGACGGCGACGGUGUUUGCUGCGACGGUGAGGGCUACGAGGGUUGUUGCGUGUGAGUGUCCCAACAUCAAGGUUGUGCUUGUGGGCGGGCCGGGGGUUGUGAUUGAGGCGAGGACGACCGUUACGGUUGGUGAGGUGAGGACUGAGACGGGGUUGGAGUGUUUUACGGGGGUUAAGGGGGGGGGGGGGGGGUCUAAGAGGUAA